AGCAAAGUAUUGCUAGCAGCAUUGCACAUGCAAUUGGGAAACAUGUGAACGGCACGGGGCUACAGUGAUGUAGUCUGCUUAUUUCAAUGUUGUCCCAAACCUUCUGAACCUUCUGAAUAACUAAACAGCCCUAUUUUCACUUCCUUUACUGUACCUCUUGUGCAGUCUGCUUGUUUCUCACAGCCUUCGCCUUAAACGCCGGCGAUUGAUGUGCUUGGAUAGGUGCAGUUCGGAUCGGAUGGCUGGCGUUUGACUGACCUAAGAGGCUGAACUGUGAGCAAGUGUGAGCCAUGGUGUAGAAUGCCUUACUGAGACUUGAUUGAAGCACAAUGGACGUCAGCGUUGACUGUGGCAUCGCUGAUGGCGGUCCCACCAGCGACGGGCCUGAGUCGGCAUCGGAGCAGACAAGUGCAGCAGUAACAACGCUUGCAGGUGAUGGGUCCAGAAGCAGAAAGCAUCGAACAACCACCACCACUGACACAGAGAUGGACAAGCAGUCGUCUACAACCACUGUGGCGGCAGUGGACAGUGCAAGCUUCAUAUCCAGAAUGCUAUUCCUGUGGAUAUCGCCAUUGAUCACAUUAGGUAGCAAGAGAACACUAGAGCAGAGUGAUCUACUACCCAUGGGCAGUAACGAUACUGCUGAAGGACUGUGCCGAAGAUUGGAUGUGAUCUGGUCAAAGGAGCUAAAGACAGGAGAUCCCAGUUUGCUACGGGCAUGCUGUUACCUAGUGGGACGUGCAUACUUCAUACCCAAUACCAUUUGGUGUGGAUUGAGUUAUUCGCUUGCGUUUGCCCAGCCUUUUCUGAUGGCCAAAAUCAUCGACUAUUUCAACGGUGACACUUCGCGUGUCGACGCAUACAUAUACGCGUCAGCAUUUGUAGUAGUCAGCGUGAUCCGCGCCAUGGUCUAUCAUUGCGGAACGUUUGUUGGUGAUCGGGAAAUUGGGAUGCACUUGCGUGUCGCGUUGUCGUCUCUCAUACACAAGAAGGUGCUACACAUUAACAACUCAGCUCUGCUGAAACUUACCACUGGCCAUAUCGUCAAUCUGGUCUCGACCGAUGUUCAGCGCUUAGAUGAGCUCUCCACGUGGCUUUCAUCGCUAUGGUGGGGCAUUCUGAUUUUCAUAGCAACGUUUGUGGUGCUGUGGUGGCAGUUGGGUGUCAGCUGUCUGGCGGGUUUUGCUGUUGUCAUACUGAACCUGAUGUUUCAAGUGUUCUCCUCUAGGAUGAUGAAACACUUCAGGGUUAAGGUUGCUGCCUUGACGGACAAGAGAAUUCGUUUCAUGAAUGAAGUAAUCACGGGCAUGCAGCUGAUAAAGAUGUAUGUCUGGGAGGCUCCAUUUAGCAAGAUCAUCACUCAAGUCAGAAAGGAAGAGCAUGCGUAUGUGAGAAAGCGUCAGUACCUGUGGGGCUUGAACAGUGUCAUCUCGGAGAUCGGCGUUCAUCUCAUAAUCUUCGCAAUGUUCACCACCUAUAUCUACCUGGGCAAUGUGCUGACGGCGGGCAAGGCGUUCUUCACCCUAUCCAUUCUGCAAGUAUUCCGCUCUCAGGUACUGCACAACCAGAUUUUGGGCUUCAACUUGGCGUCGGAGAGCAAGGUGGCAAUCGAACGGAUUCAGAAAUUUCUGUUGACCGCUGAGCCCGCUCAGUCCAGGAAGCCGAAGCCCAAAGGUAUUCCUGCACAAGGCGUGGACAAUAAGCUGUUCUCCGUCAGAAGACUGGCGCAACCCAGUCCACGAGGUGGCGUUGUGGAUGAUUCGAGGACAAGUGACAGAAAGCAAUGCUCUGUUAGGCUGUCGAAUGUCACAGCAUCCUGGACUGAGAGCAGCAGCAACGAAGAUAAAGAGUACAAGUUCUUGCUCCAGGAUAUCAGCCUCACGGUUUACAAGGGAGAGUUGACGAUGGCUGUCGGCUCAGUUGGUUCUGGAAAGACAUCCUUGUUGAUGGCAGUACUGGGUGAGCUGAAUAUCACGGAGGGUUACUGUGCUGCUGAUGAAGACAUUGGAUACGCUGCACAGCUUGCCUGGGUGUACGCCGGAACUAUUCGGGAGAACAUCGUGUUCGGCCGGAAGUUUGACGCUGAGCGCUACAACACUGUGCUGUCUGCAUGCUGCCUUGACAAGGAUCUGGAGAACAUGCCACACGGUGAUCAAACACUGGUUGGUGAACAUGGUGUCAAGAUUAGCGGUGGACAGAAGGCUAGGCUUGGUCUAGCACGAGCAGUGUAUCAAGAUGCUGCUAUCUACUUGCUCGAUGACCCGCUGAGCGCCGUCGAUGCUGAGGUUGGACGGCACAUCUUUGAACAGUGUAUAUGUGGACUUCUCAAGGACAAAGCUGUUUUGCUGAUCACACAUCAGGAGCAGUUUCUCUCAUCCGCUGAUAAGAUCAUGGUCUUAGAACAUGGCAAGUCACUCGGUAUCUUUACUUACGAAGCACUACUGCAAUCUGGUCUGGACCUCGGCAAGCGCUUGUCCAAAGUUGAAGAUGAUACAGAUCCAGUGCGCCGCAGAGCUCACGUCAAUGAUGAAUUGACCAGCUUACUUGGUGAGGCAGUCGAUGAGCAUGAAGUAGAGGAGGAUCGCUCGAUUGGCGCGGUGACAUGGAGACACUAUUGGAGAUAUCUACGUGCUGGCGCUAGCACAUUGGUACUGAUCGGUGCUGGUAUUGUGUUCAUUGCAACACCUGCAUCCAUUAUCACUGCCGACUGGUGGCUGGCCUCAUGGACGGCAGCAAACAGCAAUGUAACCAUGGAAACGGCGGGAUGCACGGAUCCCCUCAACUGUUCUGCAGCUAACAGCGGACAGAACCCACUCAGCAAUGAUGACUUUGUAGCGGUGUGGGGAGGUCUUCUCAUCCUAUCGACUCUGCUACUGCUGUUUCGCAGCAUCAUUCUGAGACAGAUAUUCGUAAUGUCGUCCAAGAAGCUGCAUGAUCUGAUGUUGGGAGCCAUUUUGAAAGCGCCGAUGCUGUUUUUUAACAGUAAUCCCAGCGGGAGAAUUCUCAACAGGUUUGCAAAAGAUAUCAACCUUCUUGACAUCCUGCUUCCAUUCGUCUUCUAUGAGUUCAUUGCGUGGUUUCUGAUGAUGGUGGGCUUUGCUGCUUUCAUCUCCUACACCAAUCCAUGGACGCUGCUGACAGUGCCACCGAUGGCCAUAGCGUUUAUUGUUAUCCGCCGCAAGUACACAAAGUCAUCACGUGAGAUGAAGCGCCUGGAAGCCAUAGCUCGCAGUCCAGUGUUCUCUCAAUUCUCAUCGUCACUGCAAGGUCUGACAACAAUCAGAGCUGCCGGUGCACAGGACCAACUACAGACCAAGUUUAACAAUCUACUCGAUGCACACACGCGUGGAUGGCUGUGCUACUUGGCCGCAAUACGAUGGCUAGCAUCAAGGUUGGAACUGAUGGGCGCCAUCUAUCUGACUGCCACGACGUUUGCUGCGCUUCUUGUCUUUGACUUUGGUGAUGUUCUCAAUCUGGAUGCUGGUACGCUGGGACUGUCGAUCACCUAUCAGAUCUCGUUGUAUGGCUACAUACAGUGGGUUGUCAGGAUGUCAGCUGAUGUGGAGGAUUUGAUGACAUCAUCAGAGCGUGUCAUUACCUACGGCAAGCUUGAGCCGGAGGUGCAGCCACCUCUGCCGGUACAGCCUCCGGACGACUGGCCUCAACGGGGACAAAUCACCGGAGUGGAUAUGUCAUUCACGUACUCACCUACCUUGCCAAAUGCACUGAAGAAUCUGAACUUUGUAAUACAGCCUGGAGAAAAGAUUGGCAUAGUAGGUCGUACUGGUGCCGGCAAGUCAUCGUUCAUCAAUGCGUUGUUUAGACUUGCUCCUACAAGCGGCAAAGUCAUGAUUGAUGGCGUGGAGUUGGGCAACAUGUUGCUGAGCACUAUGAGACAGAAGCUGUCCAUCAUCCCACAGAAUCCAGUGUUGUACAGCGGUACGCUGAGGUAUAACCUGGAUCCGUUUAGCCGAUAUCCUAAUGCCUAUCUCUGGAACGCGUUGGAGAUGGUGGAGCUGAAGCGAUAUGUUUCCCAAUUGAACAAGGGCUUGGAAGCAGAAAUCACGGAGCACGGAUCAAACUUGAGUGUUGGACAGCGUCAGCUGAUCUGCCUGGCCAGGGCGUUGCUGAACCGGAAUAAGAUAUUGAUGAUCGACGAGGCGACAGCGAAUGUUGAUAGUCGAACUGACUCCAUCAUCCAGCAGACGUUACGUACGCAUUUCAAAGACUGCACCGUCAUCACCAUAGCUCAUCGACUCCACACUAUCAUCGACUCGGACAGGAUCAUGGUUAUUGACAGCGGGCGUAUCAAGGAGUUUGACGAGCCGUUUCUACUACUGCAGAACAGACGUGGCGCUCUGGCUGAAAUGGUGCAGUCGCUAGGGGAGAAAGAAGGCGAGCAGCUACGACAGACUUGCCAGCAUCUCUGGCCUGGCACUGCUGUAUGAUUGGGUCGAUGCGGUGGCCUUAGCUGUGCCAUGUCAUUGCUGCUAGGCUUAGCUGUGCUAUGCCAUGCGGCUUGUACUGUAGCUGCUCCACGUACUGCAAAUUUGUUUUAACUUCGGCUUGUCCGCAGUUUAGCUUUCUUAGGCACACCAUUUCAGCGUUCUUUAAUAUUCUGCUCUAUUAUAAGAAUUUCAUUAUUUGCAAGAGUCAGUCUUGCUGUCGGAUUCCCGUUAGUUGUCCAUGCUUAAAUAUAAUAGUUAUUUUGUUACAGUGUAUUAAUUUCACCCAUAUUUGCUGUAUAAAUUUGCAACUCAUAAAUCCUUCUUCAAAAGAAGUACUCUAAUUUCAGAAAUUUUAGGUGCUCCAUAUUUUCGGUAUUAGGGCAAAAGGCCAGGUUAGGUGAACAGAAAUUUUAGGUCCAGAGAAGCAGUUCCCUGUUGGAUUAUGUGUGUUAGUAGUUGUUCGGUGUAAUGUUAGGUAUGAAACAGGCGCACCGAAAGUACCGAAAAUAAGAAUACACCAAAAAGUUGUGAAAUUACAGUAUUCAUUUUGUUGACUCCAUAUUCUUUAUUAGCUUGUUAGGAUUUAAAAAGUUUUCAAUUUUUAAAUACCGCUUCUUGUUCCUUUAUUUAUUGCUGUGUCAACCAGCGUCACGGUAAUUUAUCACAUUUUUCCAAUCCUACAUUUGGAUUUUCCAGGAACCCAUUCUUCUUUUACUGAACAAUCUGCUGCAAGACCGGGUACGAGUACGGUCACUGUACAUGUAUGAUGUACAGAGCCAUCAUUGAUAUUGAAUAGCCCGAA